AUGGAGCACGUGUCUUCGCCCCACGCCGGCGGCGCCGUAGACGCGGGGCACGCUCGCUCGCUCCCUCCCUUUCUCCAAUGCCAUCAAAUGAUGCUGUUUGGAAAAAUUUCCCAGCAGUUGUGUGGCUUAAAGAAACUCCCAUGGUCAUGUGACUGCAGAUACUUCUGGGGCUGGUUGAAUGCAGUGUUUAAUAAAGUGGAUUAUGAACGCAUCAGGGAUGUGGGACCCGAUAGGGCAGCAUCGGAGUGGCUGCUGCGCUGUGGGGCCAUGGUGCGCUAC